AGCAGCAGCUUUUUUGGGCCACUUUUUUCGAGUUGGAGUGGUGCGUUCUCUCUCUGUGUAGAUUCUUCUUCUUCUUCUUCAACCUGCCGAUCGUUCCAACGCUCCAACAAGCCGUCGAGCAGUGAGGAGGCGAGGCGCGAUUCCGAUUCGAACUCGGACAAUUCGGAUUCGCCGCCAUUGAUUCCGAUCGCGACCCCUCGUCUCUCCUUCCCGCAUUGCGAUCUUAUUUUUCAUGAAGCUGCCUCUCCUGCGAAGAUGAGCGGCCGGAUAGGAGGAGGAAGGGAGAGGUCGCGGAGGCUUGAGGAUAGGAACUCCUCGGGGCAGAGCAGUGCGCCGCCGUCUAGACAUCUGUGGGUCGGGAAUUUGUCUCACUCCAUUUCAGAAGGCGAUCUUGUCCGUCCGUUUCUGGAGUUCGGAGAGCUUGACAGUGUUGCUUUUCAACCAGGACGUAGCUAUGCCUUCAUUAACUUCAAAACUGAUGAGGGAGCAAUUGCUGCCCUGGAUGCACUCCGAGGCUCUCCUCUUGCUGGCAAUCCACUUAGAAUUGAGUUUGCAAAGGUGGAUAAAUCAUCUGUCUCGUCACGCAAUGAAGAGUAUUAUGAACAUCAUAGUGAACAACGCCCUUCAUUGAGGGAAUCUCCUCUCUUGCAUAAGGACUCUAGGGUCCGCCAUGCUAGUCCUGAUCCAUUUCAUCUGGAUAGACCCAAGAUGAAUGAUAAAGCUGCAGAACCUAGCGAGGUUUUAUGGAUAGGAUUUCCAGCUUCGUUGAAGGUGGAUGAAACAAUAUUAAGAAAAGCCUUCUCGCCAUUUGGUGAGAUUGAGAAGAUCACCACAUUUCCAGGGCGCACUUAUGCCUUUGUUCGGUUUAUAAAUUUAAUAUCUGCUUGCAAGGCAAAAGAAACUCUCCAAGGAAAUUUAUUCGGAAAUCCCCGUGUGCAUAUAUGUUUUGCAAAGAAUGAAUCUGGCUCGUCCAGUGGUGGAAGGAGCUCAAUAACUGGUCCUCUCUCUCCCCGUUACCAAUCCAAUGGUCGCCAUGGAUCUAUGGAGAGCUUUUGGCAUGAUAGGGACAACACUAGCUUAACUGGAAAUCCUAGUGUCAGGUCUCCUCAUACUUUCACAGACUUGGAUUCUGAAGGUCAUGAUGGUUAUGAAUUCAGUAGAAAGGGUAAUUUGAGGAGGAGUGGUUUUAGUUCCCUGGAGCACAGAAGAUUUGGAGAAGAGGAGUCUGAAUCGAGGCCAUCACAUAGUGUGUAUGAAUUCCAUGGCAGUCCAAAGAGAGAUUGGAAUGCUCACCUGCCAUAUACUACUCAAGGAUUUUCUCAAACAGGUGCAUUUUAUGAAGAUCAAUGGGACAUACCUGAGGAAGUCGACAUCCUUCAUGGGUCAAAGAGACUGAAGGGUGAUGCUUAUCCUCCUGACAAUGAGCUACCAGAGUUUCAACUCUCUGAUUUAAGACGUGAGAAUCAAGUCUUUUCUCAUGUAUUAUCUGACUCUGUUCGAUCUGAUCCCUAUGGCAUUGAGUAUGAGCAAAUGGUUGGGAGCGACCAUCCAAGAGCCUCUUACGAAAAUAUCCAGAUAGGUUCUGGUUCACUGCCAACAGCUAAUGUUGAGAGGAAAAGAAUUACUCCAGAGAUUAAACAGUCUUCAACAAAAGAGUGGAAAUGGGAAGGCACCAUAGCAAAGGGAGGAUCUCCUGUAUGUCGUGCUCGAUGCUUUCCUGUGGGAAAAGUGCUUGACAUCUUGCUGCCUAAAUUCUUGGAUUGCACAGCUAGGACUGGUCUUGAGAUGCUGGCCAAGCAUUAUUAUCAAGCAUCCGCUACUUGGGUUGUCUUUUUUGUCCCUGGAACUGAUGCUGAUAUUGGGUUCUAUAAUGAGUUUAUGCAUUAUCUGGAGGAGAAACAGCGAGCAGCUGUCGCUAAGUUAGAUGAAAGAAAUACUUUGUUUCUUGUGCCUCCAUCUGAUUUCUCUGAAAAGGUACUAAAAGUACCUGGAAAAUUAAGCAUUUCUGGUGUUAUACUGAGAUUAGAGCAACCUAGUUCCAAAUUUGGUGCUGUUUACCACCCAGAUGAGCUCAAAGACCCAAAAUUAGUGCCCUUUCAUGGGGAUUCUUUAUAUCCAAAGCCAUCAACACCUUCAGGGACACAAUUUCUAGAAACAGGUAAACUGGGGCCCAGGAAUCGAUAUCUUGCCGUUGAUGCAGCUCCUUGUGUUCCAUCUGUUCCAUUUUCAACAUCAUUGAAUGCCAGAACUAGUAGAUAUGACACUCACAGUGAGGACAGGGAUGAAUAUCUGCCCCAGCAACAAAAUCUUCCGCAAUCAAACUUGCACUAUCUGGCAACCUCAUCAAGCACAAGAAGUGCACAAUUGCAACUUCCAAGCAGCACAGUUGAUUCUAUACCAAGGAUGGUGCAAUCGAGUGCAAACUCUGGACUUCCUUUAUCUGGAAAUAACAAUAUGCCUGUUCGGGAAAGGGAAACCCUGGUUCAAUCAUCAACACCUCUUCCUAGCCUACAACCAGAACAACUUUCUCAAUUGGCAUCUCUUCUUGGACAACAGAGGCAAUCUGGAAGUGUUCCAAACAUUUCUGGAGGAAAAUCAGAUGGUUAUGGUUCACAGGAUGUAACGACAACUUCUUCUGAGCUUCCAGUGUCUCAUUUUGGUGAAAUCCAGCCUUUUCACCACCACCAGCAUCCACAGCAUCUAUUAAACCUAUCUGCUGCCUCAAAAGAAGUUCAGGCUGGAGCUCAGGGGAGUCGACAGGUGUCUAGUACUGGCUCGCUAGAAGCUGAAGCAGAUCCCCAGAAACGUCUCCAAGCAACGCUGCAGCUUGCAGCUGCUCUUCUUCAGCAGAUCCAACAAGGCAACAAGGGUUCUUAGAUAGGCAAACACAUAACUAGGUGGCUUAAAUGCUGUUCAGCUAAGGACAUGGAAGGGGUGAUGAAACGGUAUGCGUGGCAAUAACGCAGUAUAUAUUGUCACCAAGUAUAGGUUUCCCCUGGAUAAUUGUCAAUCUGCUCUCUUUUUUGCUUGACUGACAAGAUGCUGGUUUAGUAAGUUAUAAGUCUGUUCAUUUUGGUCCUUUAAGCUCUCAAUUCAUCUGGUUAAAUCU